UUCACAAAUUCCUUCGCAAACUGAGGUUGAGGUAAUGCCGAGGGGCUUCUUUGACUGUUCUGUCCUCCCAAACAAGCCGUUAGGGUUUUGCCCUAACAACCACCGCAUCACCGCCUAGAACUCGCCGGAGCCACACGGUGGCAGACGGCGGCUCAAUCGUCCCCGGCGUAAUCCCGGCUGUAUUCUCUUCGCUCUCCCUGGACUCGCUGACGCUCGCGGAGUGAUUACGAUCGUUUUAGAUUUUCUUCGAUCUCGGAGCAUAGCCAUUCAUGGCGGAGGUAUCGAUGGGAAGCAGCAGUAGCAGCACGGAGCUCUCUCCCGAGGAGGAGAGGGUUUUGAUCAGAGACAUUGCCAUUGCCGCCGAAUCUAACAGCAAAGAAGGCGAUACAUUUUAUCUCAUCACCCAAAGAUGGUGGCAAGAGUGGAUUGAUUAUGUUAACCAAGACCAACCAUGCAACACAAACGACGGGUCUUCAUUGUCAGAGCAUUGUGAUUCUGCUGGCUCAAGCACCUUAAAGAAGCCUUCUAGGAUUGAUAACUCUGAUUUGAUCUAUGAUGCUAUGUCAGAGGACUCUGGUAAUGCCAUUGAGAUUCUUGACACAUUGCAGGAAGGCCGUGACUAUGUCUUGCUCCCACAAGAAGUGUGGAACCAACUGCAUUCAUGGUAUGGAGGUGGUCCAACUUUGCCACGAAGAGUCAUUAGCUCAGGUCUCUCUCAGACAGAGUUGGCCGUGGAGGUGUAUCCUCUGCGUCUUCAGCUACUUCUGAUGCCAAAAGAUGAUCGCUGUGCCAUAAGAAUAAGCAAAAAGGAAACUAUCAGAGAGCUCCACCGCAGGGCCUGUGAAAUAUUUGAUCUCAAUUCAGAACAUGUAUGCAUUUGGGAUUAUUUUGGCCACCAAAAAUAUACUUUGAUGAAUGACCUAGAUAAAACCCUGGACGAUGCCAACCUACAAAUGGAUCAGGAUAUUUUGGUGGAGGUCCUUCACGCCAAUGGUACUGCCUCGGGUGGCCGAAUGCAAUCUGUUAAAGAGAAUGGAUUUGUAGAUGAAGAUGCUACUUCUGUUCUCACUCAACCAUCUAAGUCAAGUUUAUCAACUGCAGGAGGUUUCUCUUAUACGAAGAAAACGAAUGCUUUUAGAAGUGGAAGCAUUGAAGUUUCACUAUCUCAGAACCAAACAUCUUUGGAUAAUGCAUACGGAAGCAGUGGUGUCACCACGAGGGGCUCCACUGCUGGCUUGACAGGGCUGCUGAAUCUCGGGAAUACAUGCUUCAUGAAUAGUGCAAUACAAUGUCUGGUUCAUACCCCUGAAUUCGCUAGAUAUUUCCAAGAAGAUUACCAUCAAGAAAUAAAUUGGCAAAACCCUCUGGGGAUGGUUGGAGAAUUAGCUCUUGCAUUUGGUGACCUGCUCCGAAAGCUAUGGGCUCCUGGACGCACGCCAAUUGCGCCUCGUCCAUUCAAAGCGAAACUCACUCGUUUUGCUCCUCAAUUUAGUGGAUACAAUCAACAUGAUUCACAGGAGCUUUUGGCGUUUCUGCUCGAUGGUCUACAUGAAGAUCUGAAUCGCGUUAAACACAAACCAUAUAUAAAGUCUCGAGAUACAGAUGGCCGUCCAGACGAAGAAGUUGCUGACGAGUUUUGGGCUAAUCACAUUGCUCGUAAUGACUCCAUAAUUGUUGAUGUAUGCCAAGGGCAAUACAAGUCAACUUUGGUGUGUCCUGUCUGCAACAAAGUUUCUGUAACGUUUGAUCCCUUCAUGUACCUGUCUUUGCCUCUUCAGUUCAACACAACCCGGGCGAUGACUGUCACAAUUGUUCCUUGUGACGGUAGUGCCUUGCCUUCUGUUGUUACUGUUAAUGUUCCAAAGCAAGGGCGUUGUAGAGACUUAAUUCAGGCAUUAGCAAUUGGCUCUUCAUUGAAACAGAGCGAAGAGCUUAAGCUUGCAGAGAUUCGAAAUCAUUUAAUUCAAAAAGUUUUUGAAGACCCUUUAAUCUCAUUGUCCACUAUCAAAGACGACGACCACCUUGCUGUGUACAAAGUUUCUCAGUCUUCGAAGAAUACAGUUCUACUUAGACUGAUACCUCGCCGUAGAGACCAGAAAGUGGGCGGGAGUCAAACUACAGCGCAAUGGAAACCUUUUGGAGCACCUCUUCUCUCAUCGAUUUCACAUGAAGACGGUGCGAUCACAAAGGGAGAAGUGCGUUCCAUUGUCCGAACCAUGCUUUCACCUUUCAUAAGGGAAGAUCAUUUGGUGAAAAAUGAAAUAUCGGAUCCUAACAUCUCUGGAGGAAGAUCAGCCCGAGGCAAUAAUACCAAGGCAGACAAUACAAAUGGUGCUCAAGACACUGACAAGGAGGGUGGUUCCUCUAAAGUGAGCUCGCCAAAGUUACACCUGCAACUCGUAGAUGAAAACAAUAAAAGCAUUGAUCUGGAAGGGGACGAAACGGAAGUUAUUACAAUUCCCACAUCGGGUUCAGUAACUAUUUCUUUGGAUUGGUCGCAAGAACUUUCGGGUAUUUAUGAUAUCAGUUUAUUCGAGAGCUUGCCCGAAGUGCUCAAAUACGGGCCUGCUACCAAGAAGAGCCGUACUGAACCUCUCUCGCUAUAUGCAUGCCUGGAAGCCUUUCUCCGCGAAGAGCCAUUGGUGCCUGAAGACAUGUGGUACUGUCCACAGUGCAAGGAAAGGAGGCAGGCAAGUAAAAAGCUUGAUUUAUGGAGGCUACCCGAAGUUUUGGUCAUCCAUCUAAAGAGAUUUUCGUAUAGCAGGUCUAUGAAGCAUAAGCUAGAAACAUUUGUUAACUUUCCGAUUCAUGACCUCGAUUUAACCAAAUACGUAGCCAACAAAACCCUCUCUCGACCACAACUGUAUGAACUAUACGCCCUCACAAACCAUUACGGCGGGAUGGGCAGCGGACACUACACCGCACAUAUCAAGCUUUUGGACGAGAAUAAGUGGUACAACUUCGACGACAGCCAUAUAUCGCAGAUAAACGAGGAUGAUGUGAAGUCAGCUGCUGCUUAUGUGCUCUUUUACCGGAGGGUAAGGACCGAUGCAGGCCGAGAGGAUAAACACUCUCAAUAGUUAAAAAAGUUCCGUAUAAGUUACUACGACAAUGUCCCCCGGGGUAUCAUGACACUGAAUGCUCCGAGGAAGAAAUUUUCAGGAUUAAAGCCAUAAUCCAUGGAGCCAAGAACCUGAACCAUUAGCUGUGCCAUGAAUUCGAAUCUUGUAAAUGAAAGUACUCAGUAUUUGUUGUUGUUUCACGACUAAUUUCGACGAUUCAGGGAACAGAAGUGGCCGCAAAAGAGUCGAGUUUCAAGUAAUACAUCGAUCGAUCAAUCAUUCA